AUGAUCCAACAGAGUGGCUUGUGGUUGCGGCUGCUCCACGGGGCCCCGACUGGGCGGCUAAGGGCGUUGGGCGCAGUGGGUGGCCGCGCCCUGCGGGUGCUCGUAGACAUGGACGGCGUGCUGGCCGACUUCGAGGGCGGUUUCCUCCGCAAGUACCGAGAGCGUUAUCCCGAUCAGCCCUUCAUCAGGUUGGAGGACCGGCGCGGCUUCUGGCUCUCGGAACAGUAUGGCCUGCUGCGGCCAGAACUGAGCGAGAAGGCGAUCAGCAUAUGGGAGUCAAAGAAUUUCUUUUUUGAACUUGAACCGUUGCCUGGGGCUGUGGAAGCCAUUAAGCAAAUGGCCAACCUAGAAAACACUGAUGUCUUCAUCUGCACCAGCCCCAUUAGGAUGUUUAAGUUUUGUCCUUAUGAGAAGUAUGCAUGGGUGGAGAAGCACUUUGGCCCUGACUUUCUGGAACAUGUUGUGCUAACUAGGGACAAGACAGUGAUUUCUGCUGACCUUCUCAUAGAUGAUCGGGCAGAUAUAACAGGGGCUGAGGCAAAUCCCAGCUGGGAACAUGUACUCUUCACAGCCUGCCACAAUCAGCACCUUCAGCUGUCACCCCCCAAACGCAGGCUGCACUCAUGGACAGAUGACUGGAAGGCCAUUUUGGACAGCAAGCGAUCCUCCUGA